AUGGCACAGGCACUGCUGGUACCACCAGGACCUGAAAGCUUCCGCUAUUUUACUAGAGAUUCUCUCGCAGCUAUUGAAAAGCGUUCUGCAGAAGAAAAAGCUAAAAAGCCCAAGCAAGAACAUACAGAUGAUGAUGAUGAAAACGGUCCAAAACCAAACAGUGACUUGGAGGCAGGAAAGACACUGCCAUUUAUUUAUGGUGACAUACCUCCAGGAAUGGUAUCUGAACCUUUGGAAGACCUGGACCCAUACUAUAUCAAUAAAAAAACAUUCAUAGUAUUGAAUAAGGGAAAGACAAUUUUCCGAUUCAGUGCCACAUCUGCCUUGUACAUUUUAACUCCUUUUAAUCCCAUCAGAAAAAUUGCUAUCAAGAUUUUGGUACAUUCAUUAUUCAGCAUGCUUAUCAUGUGCACUAUUUUGACCAACUGUGUAUUUAUGACCAUGAGUAACCCUCCAGACUGGACAAAGAAUGUAGAGUAUACUUUCACUGGAAUAUAUACCUUUGAAUCACUUAUAAAAAUUCUUGCAAGGGGGUUCUGCUUAGAAGGUUUUACUUUUCUGCGAGACCCAUGGAACUGGCUUGACUUCAGUGUCAUUCUAAUGGCAUAUGUGACAGAGUUUGUGGACCUGGGCAAUGUCUCAGCGUUGAGAACAUUCAGAGUUCUCCGAGCUUUGAAAACAAUAUCAGUCAUUCCAGGCCUAAAGACUAUUGUAGGAGCCCUGAUUCAGUCUGUGAAGAAGCUUUCGGAUGUUAUGAUCCUGACUGUGUUUUGUCUAAGUGUAUUUGCACUAAUAGGGCUGCAGCUGUUCAUGGGCAACUUGAGGAAUAAAUGCCUGCAGUGGCCUCCAGACAAUUCUACUUUUGAAAUAAGUGUUAUUUCCUACUUUAAUAGCACAAUGGAUGAAAAUGGUACAUUUGUUAAUACAACAGUGAGCACAUUUAACUGGAAGGAUUACAUUGAGGAUGAAACUCAUUUUUAUAUUUUGGAAGGACAAAGAGAUGCUCUACUUUGUGGUAAUAGCUCUGAUGCAGGGCAGUGUCCAGAGGGAUAUAUAUGUGUGAAAGCUGGUAGAAACCCCAACUAUGGUUACACAAGUUUUGACACCUUCAGCUGGGCUUUUUUGUCACUCUUUCGGCUGAUGACUCAGGACUUCUGGGAAAACCUGUAUCAGCUGACACUACGUGCUGCUGGGAAAACAUACAUGAUAUUUUUUGUUCUGGUGAUUUUUCUGGGCUCAUUCUAUUUGAUCAACUUAAUCCUGGCCGUGGUUGCCAUGGCCUAUGAAGAGCAGAAUCAAGCAACCAUGGAAGAAGCAGAACAGAAAGAGGCAGAAUUUCAACAAAUGCUGGAACAGCUGAAGAAGCAACAAGAAGAAGCACAGGCAACAGCAGCAGUGGCAGCAGCAUCAGUUGCAUCAAGAGACUUCAGUGGUGUAGGGGGAUUAGGAGAACUCUUGGAAAGUUCUUCAGAAGCAUCAAAGUUGAGCUCAAAGAGCGCUAAAGAAAGAAGAAACAGAAGGAAGAAAAGAAGACAGAAAGAAAUGUCGGAAGCAGAGGACAAAGGAGAUAUUGACAAGUUCCCCAAGUCAGAGUCAGAAGACAGUAUCAGAAGGAAAAGUUUCCGCCUCUCCACAGAAGGAAGUCAACUGACAUAUGAAAAAAGAUUCACAUCUCCCCACCAGUCUUUGUUAAGCAUCCGUGGUUCCCUGUUCUCACCAAGGCGCAACAGCAAAACAAGCAUUUUCAGUUUCAGAGGUCGUGCAAAGGAUAUAGGAUCAGAAAAUGACUUUGCUGAUGAUGAACACAGUACCCUUGAAGACAAUGAAAGCAGAAGAGAUUCUCUCUUUGUUCCAAAUCGGCAUGGAGAACGGCGCAACAGUAAUAUUAGUCAGGCUAGUAUGUCAUCCAGAAUGGUACCAGCCCUUCCAGCUAAUGGGAAGAUGCACAGCACUGUAGAUUGCAAUGGAGUAGUUUCCUUGGUUGGAGGACCUUCAACACUAACUUCACCUACUGGACAGCUUCUACCAGAGGUAAUUAUAAGUAAACCAGCAAUUACUACAGGCACCACUACAGAAACAGAAAUAAGAAAAAGAAGACUGAGUUCUUAUCAAAUUUCCAUGGAAAUGCUGGAAGAUUCUGCUGUGAGGCAACGAGCAAUGAGUAUAGCCAGUAUACUGACAAAUACAAUGGAAGAGCUUGAAGAAUCCAGACAGAAAUGCCCCCCAUGCUGGUACAGAUUUGCAAAUACCUUCUUGAUCUGGGAUUGCUGGAGUCCAUGGUUAAAAGUAAAACACGUUGUCAAUUUAGUAGUGAUGGAUCCAUUUGUCGAUCUUGCUAUAACUAUUUGCAUUGUUUUAAACACCUUGUUUAUGGCCAUGGAACAUUACCCAAUGACAGAACAGUUUAGCAGUGUCCUUUCUGUGGGCAACCUGGUAUUCACUGGGAUAUUCACAGCAGAAAUGGUAUUAAAGAUAAUUGCUAUGGACCCUUAUUAUUAUUUCCAAGAAGGCUGGAAUAUUUUUGAUGGUAUUAUCGUAAGCCUUAGUUUAAUGGAACUUGGCCUUGCAAAUGUUGAAGGAUUAUCAGUUCUUCGGUCAUUCAGAUUGCUUCGAGUUUUUAAGUUGGCAAAAUCUUGGCCAACUCUAAAUAUGCUCAUUAAGAUUAUUGGCAACUCAGUGGGGGCUUUGGGGAAUUUGACCCUGGUGCUGGCCAUCAUUGUGUUCAUUUUUGCUGUGGUUGGAAUGCAGCUGUUUGGGAAAAGCUACAAGGAAUGUGUCUGCAAGAUCUCCAGUGACUGUGUGCUUCCACGCUGGCACAUGCAUGACUUUUUCCACUCUUUCUUGAUUGUGUUCCGAGUGUUGUGUGGAGAAUGGAUAGAAACUAUGUGGGACUGCAUGGAGGUUGCUGGCCAAACCAUGUGCCUUAUUGUUUUCAUGCUGGUCAUGGUGAUUGGAAACCUAGUGGUAUUGAACCUGUUUCUGGCCUUGCUGCUGAGCUCAUUUAGUUCAGACAACCUUGCUGCUACCGAUGAUGAUAAUGAAAUGAACAACCUCCAGAUUGCUGUGGCAAGAAUUCAGAAAGGAAUAGAUUAUAUUAAAAAAAAGAUACAGGAGUUCAUCCAAAAAGCCUUUGUUAGAAAACAGAAAGCUUUGGAAGAAAUCAAAGCACUUGAAGAGCUAAACAACAAGAAGGACAGCUGCAUUUCCAAUCACACUGCUGUUGAAAUAAGCAAAGAUAUGAAUUAUCUUAAGGAUGGAAAUGGAACCACCAGUGGUGUAGGCACAGGCAGCAGUGUGGAAAAAUAUGCAAUUGAUGAAAAUGAUUACAUGUCAUUCAUAAACAACCCAGGACUCACUGUGACAGUACCAAUUGCUGUUGGAGAAUCGGACUUUGAAAAUUUAAAUACAGAAGAAUUUAGCAGUGAAUCUGAUAUGGAAGAAAGCAAACAGAAACUAAAUGCAUCCAGUUCAUCUGAAGGCAGCACAGUUGAUAUUGCCCCUCCCGGAGAGGGUGAGCAAGCAGAAAUUGAACCUGAAGAAGCUCUUGAACCAGAAGCCUGUUUUACAGAAGGUUGUGUGCAGAAAUUUCCAUGUUGCCAAGUAAGUAUAGAGGAUGGCAAAGGAAAAAUCUGGUGGAAUCUUAGAAAAACCUGCUACAGCAUAGUUGAGCACAAUUGGUUUGAGACUUUCAUUGUCUUCAUGAUUCUCCUCAGCAGCGGAGCACUGGCUUUUGAAGAUAUAUAUAUUGAACAGCGUAAAACUAUCAAGACCAUGCUGGAAUAUGCUGACAAAGUUUUCACAUAUAUUUUCAUUUUGGAAAUGCUUUUAAAAUGGGUAGCAUAUGGUUUUCAAAUAUAUUUUACUAAUGCCUGGUGCUGGCUGGACUUCCUGAUUGUUGAUGUCUCAUUGGUUAGUUUAAUAGCCAAUGCUUUGGGCUAUUCUGAACUUGGUGCCAUUAAAUCGCUUCGGACAUUAAGAGCUUUAAGACCUUUAAGAGCCUUGUCGCGAUUUGAAGGAAUGAGGGUGGUUGUAAAUGCCCUUGUAGGAGCAAUUCCAUCUAUCAUGAAUGUAUUGCUGGUUUGUCUUAUAUUCUGGCUCAUCUUCAGCAUCAUGGGAGUAAAUCUGUUUGCUGGCAAAUUCUAUCACUGUGUCAAUACCACAACUGGCGAGAUGUUUGAUGUCAGUGAUGUCAACAAUUAUACUCAGUGUGAGGAACUCAUAAAAAGCAAUCAAAGUGCGCGAUGGAAAAACGUGAAAGUAAACUUUGAUAAUGUAGGAGCUGGAUAUCUUGCUCUGCUUCAAGUAGCUACUUUCAAAGGAUGGAUGGAUAUUAUGUAUGCUGCUGUUGAUUCAAGAGAUGUAGAAGAUCAACCUAAGUAUGAGGACAACUUGUACAUGUAUCUUUAUUUUGUCAUCUUUAUCAUAUUUGGAUCAUUCUUUACCUUGAAUCUUUUCAUUGGUGUCAUUAUAGACAACUUCAACCAACAAAAAAAGAAGUUUGGAGGUCAGGAUAUAUUUAUGACAGAAGAACAGAAGAAAUAUUACAAUGCAAUGAAAAAACUGGGAUCCAAAAAACCACAGAAACCUAUACCAAGGCCAGUGAACAAAUUCCAAGGCAUGGUCUUUGAUUUUGUAACCAAACAAGUAUUUGACAUCAGCAUCAUGAUACUUAUCUGCCUUAAUAUGGUCACAAUGAUGGUAGAAACAGAUGACCAAAGCAAAGAAAUGGAAACAAUUUUAUCCCGGAUUAACCUUGUGUUCAUUGUCCUUUUCACUGGAGAAUUUGUGCUGAAAUUGAUAUCACUUCGCCAUUACUACUUCACUAUAGGCUGGAACAUUUUUGAUUUCGUGGUUGUAAUUCUCUCCAUAGUAGGUAUGUUCUUAGCUGAGAUGAUUGAGAAGUAUUUUGUGUCCCCCACUUUGUUCCGAGUCAUCCGACUUGCCAGAAUAGGUCGAAUCCUGCGUCUCAUUAAAGGCGCUAAGGGAAUCCGCACUCUGCUCUUUGCUUUGAUGAUGUCUCUUCCUGCUUUGUUCAACAUUGGUCUGCUGCUGUUCCUGGUCAUGUUUAUCUAUGCGAUAUUUGGCAUGUCCAACUUUGCCUACGUUAAGAGGGAAGUUGGGAUUGAUGACAUGUUCAACUUUGAAACAUUUGGCAACAGCAUGAUCUGCCUAUUUCAAAUCACCACAUCUGCUGGCUGGGAUGGUUUGUUAGCCCCAAUUCUGAACAGUGGGGAGCCGGACUGUGACCCUCAUAAAGAUCAUCCGGGGAGCUCUGUUAAAGGCGACUGCGGCAACCCUUCCGUUGGGAUUUUCUUCUUUGUCAGCUACAUCAUCAUAUCCUUUCUGGUAGUGGUGAACAUGUACAUUGCUGUGAUUCUGGAGAACUUCAGUGUUGCUACUGAAGAAAGUGCUGAGCCCCUGAGCGAGGAUGACUUUGAGAUGUUCUAUGAAGUCUGGGAGAAGUUUGAUCCAGAUGCAACACAAUUCAUAGAAUACAGUAAACUAUCAGAUUUUGCAGCUUCGUUAGAUCCUCCUCUUCUCAUAGCAAAACCAAACAAAGUCCAGCUUAUUGCAAUGGAUCUGCCCAUGGUAAGCGGUGACAGAAUUCACUGCCUUGACAUCUUGUUUGCUUUCACAAAGCGUGUCCUGGGGGAAAGUGGGGAGAUGGAUGCCCUCAGAAUCCAGAUGGAAGAUCGUUUUAUGGCAGCCAAUCCUUCUAAAGUCUCCUAUGAACCAAUCACAACCACAUUAAAACGGAAACAGGAGGAGGUAUCUGCUCUCAUUAUUCAGCGUGCUUACAGACGUCACCUUUUAAGGCAAAAGAUUAAAAAGGUGUCUAGUAUAUAUAACAGAAAUAAAAACAAAGAAGGAGAUGGACCAGUUAUAAAAGAGAUAAUUAUUGAUAAACUAAAUGGGAACUCCACUCCAGAAAAAACAGAUGAGAGCUCCUCUACAACUUCCCCACCAUCCUAUGACAGUGUAACAAAGCCAGAGAAAGAAAAAUAUGAGAAAGACAAAGCAGAAAAGGACUACAAAGGUAAAGACGUCAGGGAAAAUAAAAAAUAA